ACGGCAUUUUACAAUAAUAUACUGUUGAUAGGUAUGCUGCCGAAUAGUGGUAACCAUAACUUUUAAUGAGAUGGUGCGUUGAUUUUCGCGCAAUGUGUGGUGGCUUUAUUAAACAUCAGGAAUAUUAUGGAAUUGUCGUCACUUGAAAUACUGUAAAAUGAGGACACUGAUAAUUAUGGCUCUCUUUGGAGUUCUCGAGGCCCUGCACUGCGACAAGGAAUUCAAUUAUUACGAUAGCUACGGGAACGGUUUCGAAGUCAUCUGUCAAGGUUUAACCAAAGAAUACAUUCAUCUUCUUGAAAAUAUCACCAUCACCAACGAAAUCAGCCUGACCAUAGGAAAUGCUACAUUAACCAACGUAUCUGCAAAUAUUUUCGACAACGUCCACAACAUCCGGUAUCUUCACUUGGAAAACUCAACUUUCACAUUUUCCAGAAUGGAACCGGUUUUCAACUAUCUCAGGAGACUGGAGCACCUUAUUAUAAUAAAUACGCAGUUUUAUAUAAAUAAAUAUACGUUUAUAGGUCUAUCACGAUUGAAGGAGUUGAUACUGGAUAACAAUAAGCUGGAAGAGGUUGAGGAGGGGUCUUUCCAAAACUUACCUAGUGUAAAUUAUUUACAAAUCACUAAUAACAGGAUAAGUGACAUGAAGAAUCUGCCCCUGUGCGAGCUUCGAGAUUUACGAGGCCUAAAUUUAUCGAGAAACAUUAUAUCCGAUUUAAGGGAAGUGCAUUUUUAUUGCAGGAAGUCGGAAAAAACUGUGGAUUUCAAUUUGAAUAACGCAGAUUAUAUCCUAGACGUGAAGAAAAGAGACUAUUUUAGUGUAUCAGAUAAUUCUUUUAAACUCACAGUUUUGGAUUUAAGUCAUAAUAACAUUUCCAGAAUUGAGUUUGCACUGGCAGAUUUAUCAAAUUUGAAGGUGUUAAAUUUGGAAGGGAAUAGGUUGGUUGGGAUUAAACAGAAAGAAUUAAAUUCGCUUCAUAAUAUAGAGAAAAUACAUCUUAAUGAUAACGCAUUAAGUGAUAUCGAAGAUAAAGUAUUUAGCAACAAAAAAAAUUUAAAAUAUUUAGAUUUAUGUAGUAAUAAGUUAAAUUAUUUUAGUUUAAACAACACACCUAUGUUGGAAUACUUAAAUUUAGCCAAUAAUUUGUUAGACGCUGGUAGUUUAUACAACAUCAAUAAUACAAAAUCGUUGAAGGAGUUAGUUUUAGCUAAUAACAAAAUUGGAAAUAUCCAUCUACACACAUUUAAAAAAAUUUCUGCCCUAGAGGUGUUAAAUCUGGAGAGCAAUAACGUUAUUUUAAUAGAUUAUUUAUUUGAGUGUCUUAUAAAUUUAACGCAUCUUUCUUUAAGGAAUAACAGCAUCGAAAGAUUACCGCCUCUUCUUUUCAAAAACUUAACUCAUCUAAAAGAUCUGGACUUAUCCUCCAACAGAAUUAAAUACUUCACGUCAAAUUAUACAUUCAAAGGAUUGGGCAAUUUAGAAACUCUGAAUAUUUCCUACAACUUGCUGCAAGAGUUGAAUUAUGCCGUACUUGAACCUUUAAAAAAAUUGAGCGUACUUGAUAUAGCAGGAAAUCAAUUGCAUUAUAUUCAAUACGAUCUAAUUAUAUCCGACCUGCCGCUACUUACGGUUUUAAACAUAAAAGAGAACAUUUUAUCCUGCGACAUCCUGUAUAAGAUUAUUAAAUUCCUGCGACACAAAGAUAUUACUUACACGAUAAACGAACAAUUCGAUUAUGAGCAGGAAAAUGUAGAAGGAAUAUAUUGCAGCACGGAAAAGAGUGUCGUUUCGGAGGGUUUAAGAAACAAGGGCUUAUCUGGUGAAAGUUACGCGCUUUUAGUGUUAGGCGUAGCCGUAAGUGUCGUAUUAGGAGUUAUAGUCAUAAUUGUCGCCUUGUUCAAAAUUCAUUUGUUUUUGAGACGGCGAAACUACAGGGUUGACGAAUUUGAACUAAUAGACGAAUAAAAUAGACAAUUGUAAAAAGUAUUGAAUGCACUUUUGUGAUUUUUGUUUUUAAUAAAGUUUUUG